AGUAACCACUUAAGUUUGCCGUGCGAUUUACUUCCCCUUGCUUUUAAUCCUCUUAGUCCCUGCCGACAACAGCAACGCCAAACCAUUUUCAAUUAAAUCUCACAUUCUGAUUACUCCGAUAAUAAACAAGCGUCUCAGCGCGACAGGUUCGCGAUCCACAUUCCAGGUCACACCCCUCAUGGCGUCAUCCUCCACCAUCAAACGCCUCCUCAGCGAACUGAAAAACUACACAAACAACCCAAAUGAAGUGCUCCUCCACCUCGGGCCCGUCGACAACGAUGACCUCUUCCGCUGGGAGGCAGUUCUCAAGGGUGUAAAGGGAACACCAUACGAAGGUGGCCUGUGGUCCCUCUCGAUAGAGAUCCCCCCAAACUACCCUAACGCCCCGCCCACAAUCCGCUUCAACACCCGAAUCUCCCACCCCAAUAUCUCUUUCACCACCGGCGAAAUCUGCCUGACCCUUCUCACAACGGAGCACUGGACUCCCGCGUAUACGCUCUCGUCGACCCUAACGGAGAUCCACCAGCUCCUGACGAAUCCAGAGCCCGACAGUCCGUUGAACGUGGAUGUGGCGGUGUUAUUAAGAGAAGGGGAUAUCCCGGCUUGGGAGAGUAUCGUGCGGUAUUGGACGGAAGAGGAGAGGUGGCAGGGUCAUGAGUCUACUUCCUUUGCGCGGGCUUAGAUUUUUUGCAUGUUAUUUGAUUCUUAAGUGAGUGAGAGGAGACAUAUUGGUGGUAGAUGGGUGGCACCGAGUUUUCCAAGUUAUUUGUGUCUUUGUCCGUUUCGUUAUGUCGGCAUUACGAUCAAGCUAUACAUAUAUAUUCUACGCAGAAGAAC